AUGAAACCUUAUCAGUUUUCAUCAUCACAUGAUAAUCUUUUAACCAUGUCUUCUUCUUCAUGGCUAACUUCUCCUUCAUGCAUCCUUUUUCCUAUAGAUUCAUCUUCCUCUACACCCAACCUCGUGCUUCAAUGGUUAACCUUUCUUUUUCUAUCUCCAUGUCCUCAAAGACUUGCUCUUUCUGCUCUUGAUUUCUUGUUUCUGCUCUCCCUCUUAGCUUUUGCAGCUCACAAACUCUACUCAAGAUUCAACUCAACUUCCAACUCUACCUCCUCAAUCACAAAACCACUUCUGCAGGAGAAAGAUUCUGACUAUAGAAUCACCUUUUGGUUCAAACUACCUUUGUUGGUAACUAUCCUUUUGGCUAUAGCUUACACUGUUCUAGGAGUCUUGGCCUUUACGCAAACAAACUUUGCUUCAUGGAAACUAAUCGAAGCACUUUUUCGGUUGUUUCAAGCAAUAACCAACAUAGUGAUAGUGAUUUUAAUGAUACAUGAGAAAAAAUUCAAAUCUUCCAAACACCCUUUAUCAUUAAGAAUCUAUUGGAUAGUAAACUUUGUGAUUGCUACUUUAUUUGCUAUUUCAGCUAUUGUUCGAAUAGUAACUGUUGGUGAAUCAAAGUUGGAACUUAGUUUGAGAAUAGAUGACAUAUUCUCAUUGAUUAAUCUUCCAUUAUCUGUGUUCUUUUUUGUGAUAGCUAUAAAAGGGUCAUCAGGGAUUCAUGUGAUAAGAAUAUCUGAUGUAGUAGUAGCAACAUAUCGGUCGAUUUCAACAGAUAGAACUUUGAGUCCUUAUGCUUGUUCAUCAUUUUUGUCCAAAACCGUGUGGUAUUGGAUGAAUCCUUUGAUCAAUAAAGGUUACGAAACACCGCUUAAACUUGAAGAUGUACCUUCACUUCCUCUUGAAUUUAGAGCAGAAAAAAUGUCUGAACUUUUUCAAAAUAAUUGGCCAAAGCCAGAGGAAAACAGUAAGCAUCCAGUUGGAGUGACCUUAUUUAGGUGUUUUUGGAAACACAUAGCUUUCACUGGCUUCCUUGCAAUCAUUAGGCUUUGUGUUAUGUAUGUUGGUCCAAUGCUGAUUCAGAGUUUUGUUGAUUUCACAUCAAGAAAAGAUAGUACUACUAGUGAAGGCAUUGUUUUGAUAUUGAUCCUUUUUGUAGCAAAAUCAGUUGAAGUACUUAGUGUUCAUCAAUUCAACUUCCACUCUCAGAAACUUGGUAUGCUUAUUCGUUCGAGCAUAAUCACUUCGGUUUACAAAAAGGGUUUAAGGUUGUCAAGCUCUUCAAGACAAGCUCAUGGAACUGGCCAGAUUGUGAACCACAUGGCUGUUGAUGCUCAACAGCUCUCAGAUUUGAUGAUGCAGUUUCAUCCUAUUUGGUUGAUGCCACUACAAGUUGCAGCUGCGUUAAUUCUUAUGUAUAGCUAUGUUGGUAUAUCAGUACUUGCAGCAUUGCUUGGAACCACCAUUGUGUUUCUAUUCACGCUAUAUCGGACGAAGAGUAGCAACAGCUUCCAGUUUCGGAUAAUGACCAGCCGCGACUCGAGGAUGAAGGCGACAAACGAGUUGCUUAACAACAUGCGAGUGAUAAAGUUUCAAGCGUGGGAAGAGUACUUUGGUAACAAAAUUCGACAGUUUCGUGAAGCCGAGCAUGGAUGGAUUGGGAAGUUCUUGUACUAUUUCGCUGUUAACAUGGGAGUUUUGUCCACUGCUCCACUAACUGUAACUGUUCUUACCUUUGGAACUGCGACUUUUCUUGGAAUUCCUUUGAAUGCUGGUACAGUUUUCACAAUAACUUCGGUAAUUAAGAUACUUCAGGAGCCUGUGAGAACUUUUCCUCAGGCUCUUAUCAUGAUUUCACAGGCAACAAUCUCUUUAGGGAGGUUGGAUGAGUUUAUGGUGAGUAAAGAAACGGAUGAGAAUGCAGUGCAAAGAGAGGAGGAUUGUGAUGGUGAUGUGGCUGUGGAGAUAAAAGAUGGGAAAUUCUCAUGGGAUGAUAAGGAUGAGAAUGAGACUUUGAAAGUUGACGAGUUGGUGAUCAAGAAAGGGAAUCAUGCUGCUGUUGUAGGAACUGUUGGAUCAGGCAAGUCUUCAUUACUGGCUUCUGUGUUGGGAGAGAUGUUCAAGAUCUCAGGAAAGGUAAGAGUUUGUGGAACAACAGCGUAUGUAGCACAGACAUCAUGGAUUCAGAAUGCAACCAUCAAAGAAAACAUAUUGUUUGGUUUACCAAUGAACAUGGACAAGUACAUGGAAGCUUUAAGAGUAUGCUGUCUUGAGAAGGAUCUUGAAGUGAUGGAUGAUGGUGACGAGACUGAGAUUGGAGAGCGUGGAAUAAACCUCAGCGGCGGUCAGAAACAACGCAUACAGCUUGCUAGAGCUGUAUAUCAGAACACUGACAUCUAUCUCCUUGAUGAUGUAUUCAGUGCUGUUGAUGCUCAAACAGGAUCUUUUAUUUUUAAGGAAUGUAUUAUGGGAACUCUCAAAGAUAAGACAGUUUUACUUGUAACCCACCAAGUUGAUUUCUUGCAUAAUGUUGACUCUAUAAUGGUAAUGCGUGAAGGGAGAGUAGUGCAAAGUGGAAAGUAUGAUGAACUUCUCAAAGCAGGCCUAGAUUUUGGUGCACUUGUGGCAGCUCAUGAAUCCUCUAUGGAGAUAGCAGAAACAAGUGAUAAUUCCAAUGAGGAAUCUUCUCAGUCUCCAAAACUCGCCCGCAUCGCUUCAAAAGAAAAAGAAAACGCGGGCGAACAUCAGUCUUCUCAAGAUAAAUCUAAGUCUGAUAAGACAGCUGCAAAGCUCAUUGAAGAUGAGGAAAGAGAGACAGGACGUGUAAACCUUAAAGUAUACAAACAUUAUUUCACAGAAGCAUUUGGAUGGUGGGGAAUAGCACUUAUGGUGGCAAUGUCAGUGGCUUGGAUGUUGUCAUUUUUGGCUGGUGAUUACUGGCUAGCAAUUGCAACUUCAGAAGACUCUAGCAUUCCUUCUUUCACUUUCAUUAUCGUCUAUGCUGUUAUAGCUGUUGUUGCAUGCAUAGUGGUUAUGGUAAGAGCUUUCUUGUUUACAUAUUGGGGUCUAAAGACAUCUCAAAGCUUCUUCAUUGGAAUGCUUCAAAGUAUCCUUCAUGCACCAAUGUCAUUCUUUGACACUACUCCUUCUGGCAGAAUUUUGAGUCGUGUAUCUACUGAUCUACUUUGGGUGGAUAUAUCAAUUCCAAUGUUGGUAAACUUUGUAAUGAUUGCAUACUUAUCAUUAUUCAGUAUCCUCAUUGUGACAUGCCAGAAUUCUUGGGAGACUGUCUUCCUCUUAAUUCCACUGUUUUGGUUCAACAACUGGUAUAGGAAAUAUUAUCUUGCAACUUCUAGGGAAUUGACUCGUCUUGAUUCAAUCACAAAAGCUCCAGUGAUUCAUCACUUUUCAGAGACACUUUCCGGUGUUAUGACAAUCCGUAGCUUAAGAAAGCAGAAUGAAUUUUGUGAUGAAAAUAUUGACAGGGUGAAUGCAAGUCUAAGAAUGGAUUUCCAUAACAACGGAGCAAAUGAAUGGCUUGGUUUUCGCUUGGACUAUAUGGGAGUGGUUUUCCUUUGCAUUGCCACCCUUUUUAUGAUCUUUUUGCCAAGUGCUAUUGUUAAGCCAGAAUAUGUUGGUAUGUCUUUAUCCUAUGGCUUGGCUCUGAGCGGUCUCUUGUCAUUUACCAUAACAAUGACUUGCUCGGUUGAGAACAAAAUGGUUUCAGUUGAGAGGAUAAAGCAGUUCACUAACCUCCCACCAGAAGCUCCAUGGAAAAUAGUUGAUAAGUCUCCACCUCAGAAUUGGCCUAGUCAUGGAACUAUAGAGUUAAACAAUUUACAGGUUAGGUACAGGCCAAAUACUCCUCUAGUUCUUAAGGGAGUCUCUCUAACCAUUCAAGGUGGAGAAAAAGUUGGCGUUGUUGGGCGUACAGGAAGUGGAAAAUCAACACUCAUCCAAGUUUUAUUCAGGUUGAUUGAGCCUUCCGCCGGGAAUAUAAUCAUUGAUGGUAUCAAUAUUUCGACUGUUGGCCUUCAUGAUUUGAGGUCAUGUUUUGGAAUUAUUCCACAAGAUCCUGUCCUCUUUCAAGGAACAAUUAGAACCAAUAUUGACCCUCUUGGAUUGUAUUCAGAAGAUGAAAUUUGGAAGAGUCUUGAGCGGUGCCAAUUGAAAGAAGUGGUGGCUGCAAAGCCCGAGAAACUUGAGGCUUUAGUGGUUGAUGGUGGAGACAAUUGGAGUGUUGGGCAAAGGCAGCUUCUAUGUUUGGGAAGGAUAAUGCUAAAACGCAGCAAAAUACUAUUCAUGGAUGAAGCAACAGCAUCAGUUGAUUCACAAACAGAUGCUGUAAUACAAAAGAUCAUCAGAGAGGAUUUUGCAGAUCGUACAAUAAUUAGCAUUGCUCACAGAAUAUCAACAGUUAUGGACUGUGACAAGGUUUUGGUCAUAGACGCGGGUUUGGCAAAGGAAUACGAAAAACCAUCACGUUUACUUGAAAGGGCAUCACUUUUUGCUGUAUUGGUUAAAGAGUAUUCUAAUAGAUCAAUUUAA